CAAAGUCAAAAUAAAACCUACAUAGCCAGCAAAUUGCAAUUGAUUAACGCACGAGGUAGAUGUUCUGAUUAACAGUGGUGCAACUUUAUAUUUUGGAAUUAAGUGAAAUAUAAAACAAAUGUCGUGUAAAACACUCAUUGACUUCGUCGUAAAAUACCACAAGCCGCGGCUAUUAAACAACGUAGUGUGUUUUCCGAGCAAUGGAAAUUCGUUCUUUGGAAGGCGAUUCAUUAUACCAGCAGCUCCACUUUCAAGCUCUACACCAAAGAUUCAAUCUCCCAGAAAAUUUAGCACCACCGUUGCAAAAUUUAACGAAACACAACUAACAAGCGAACCAAAAAAAACUGAUGGAAAGUUCCAACUUAUGUUCACAUGUAAGAAAUGCAACACUAGAAAUUCAAAAUUUAUAACAAAAUUGGCAUACUACAAAGGUGUUGUUAUUGUUAUAUGUGACGGAUGUGAAAAUAAACAUCUAAUUGCGGAUAAUCUCAAUUGGUUUACCGAUAUGAAUGGUAAAAAGAAUAUUGAAGACAUAAUGGCUGAAAAAGGAGAAACUGUUCAGAAAAUUAGCUCUAAGGAUUUGGAAUACGUUGCAAACGAAAUUGUUAGUAAUAUUGAAACAAAAGCUUUAGAUGGAUAAAUAAUAAUUAUUACUAAAUUUACUUUAGUUUCAUUGUAAAAUGUGAUGUAAUAUUAUAUUUUUAUGUUGUAAGUGUAUAUACAUGUAAAAUUAAACACUUAAUGAAGAUUA